AUGGGUGGACGACCCAGGUUGAGCCCUCGCGAACAGGAAGACGGGCCAAGUGCAGCUUUUAGUCAAGGACAGAGAGCUUCAUUUCUAAUCGUGGGCUCAGAUCAGCGACCCGACGCGAAACUUCCGGCAGAGGGUGAUGUUGAAAAGCUGGCGGGUAAUACAGACUUGACUUCGAAGAGUGCGAACCUUAGUGACACUGCAGUUCCAAUCUCGCCCUGCACCUCUGUUAUAGGUGAUACUGGAGAUUCGAAAACAUCUGCCCAACCUUCAAUCCGGCGGCUUCUCAUCAUAAUCGGCAUGUUUAUAUCGCUCUUCAUCUCCGCACUGGAUCAGACCAUCGUGACAGGUGCGCUACCGCACCUCACAGCCGACCUCAACUCAUCGGGGAGCGGCUAUACCUGA